UGUGAAUUCAAGACAACCUGGAAGAGUAUCUGAUUCUUCAUUAUUUCCAAGUUCCAAGAGAAUUAAACAUGUAAACCCCACAAACAAUUAAAGAAAUGCAAUCUAUCUUUUGGAAUCACACAAUUAGCAAACUUCAUUAAAGCCAAAUUAAACUUUAUAUUCUUUUUAUAUCACCAAACCUCUUAAAUAAAACCCAAAAAAAUCCCAGAAAACAAAACAAUGGAAAAUGACAAGAACAGAUUCCCUGUUAAUUUUAUUGUGAAAUAUUUCAUCUUUUCACCACCAUGCUUGGUUUACAGUAAACUGUACUGUCACUCUCUUUCAAACUGUUGUUUCUAUCUACUGCCCUGCCACUUCUUCAACUUGCUCAAUCAGAGAGAUAAAGAAGAAAAUACCCCACUCAAUAAAUUCUGCUUGACUUUUCAAGUUUGCAGUCUCUUAAACUGGUAAAAGAAACUUCCAUGCUUAAGCACUACAAUGAUUUGAGGUAACCCCAUAAAUUCCAAGAUUUUUAUCUCUUUUGCUUUUGUUUUCCCUUUUGCUUGAUAUUACAAAAAUCAGCUGUUAGUCGGUUGGCUGUUUCACUUGACUUGUUUGACGGACUGUUGGAAUUGGUUUGUUUAGCAAUAGGGUGUUUGGUUGGAAUUAAAUAAGCAUUAUCUUGUCAAAAAAAAUUAUUUGGAUUUUUUUUUUUUUUGGUUCAUGGGCAGGUUUUUUUUUUGAUGAUUGCAUCUUAAGUCAACAAGAAAUUGGUUAGUUUUUAUGGGUUUAUUUAAUGAAAUGAGAAUGAGUUAUUGGAGCUUGUAUUUAAUUAUCUCAGUCUCAUUGAGCUUCUGCAUAGUUGGUACUUCUCAAUUGCAAUCCUCACAAAUUCAGGUGCUUAUGCAAUUAAGAAAGCAUUUAGAGUACCCUGAUGAAUUGGCAGCGUGGAAUGAUAAUAAUGCUAAUGUAUGUUUCAUGUCUCCGUCAACAAAAAUUAAUGUCACUUGUGAAGUAGAUGUUGUUACUGAGCUUAGGAUUAUGGGUAGUAAGCCUUUCAAAGUAGGCAAAUUUGUUGGGUAUGCAAUUCCAAAUCUGACCUUAUCAGAUAGAUUUUCAAUGGAUUCCUUUGUUGCAACUUUGGCAAGGCUCACCAGCUUGAGAGCUCUUAGUUUGGUGUCUUUGGGCAUUUGGGGGCCGCUUCCGGAUAAAAUUAACAGGCUAUCUUCAUUGGAGUUUCUGGAUCUUAGUUCAAAUUAUUUGUAUGGUUCUGUUCCACCAAGGAUUGCCACAAUGGUGAAGCUUCAAACACUAAGACUUGAUGGUAACUUCUUCAAUGAGAGUGUUCCAGAUUGGUUGCAUUCGCUAUCCAAUCUUUCGAUCCUAAGCUUGUCAGAUAAUCACUUGAAGGGUCCAUUUCCUGCUUCAAUUGGGAAAAUCAGGACUCUCAGUACUCUUGCAUUGUCAAAUAACAAGAUUUCUGGGGGAUUGCCUGAUUUGAGUAGUUUAAGUGGCUUGAAAAUGUUGGAUUUGAGUUGGAAUGAACUGGACUCGGAACUACCCAAAUUGCCUGGAGCUUUAUUUAUGGCAUUGCUGAAUAACAACUCCUUUACUGGUGAGAUACCGCAGGAAUUCAAGAAACUGAACCACUUGCAGCACCUUGAUUUGUCACUGAACCAUCUUCAAGGAAGACUACCCAACAUUCUUUUCUCCUUGCCUAAUAUUAGUUACCUGAAUUUAGCAUCAAAUGAGUUGAGUGGAUCACUCCCCAUUCAUUUGGCAUGUGGCAAGAAACUCGAGUUUGCUGACUUGUCGAACAACAGAUUAAUUGGCGAGAUUCCCAGGUGUUUAAAUAAAAUUACUGCUCAAUUUUAUGGAAAUUGUUUGACAGCCGGUGGAGUAAACCAGCAUCCGGAGUCAUAUUGUGCCAAGAUGCAGCAAAAGAAAAACAAUUACUCAGCCAAAAGUGCAUUAGCUUUAGUUGGUGUGAUUGGAGGAAUUGUUGCAGUGGUGGGACUUCUGGCAUUUGGAAUUCUGGUGAUUUAUAGAAGAUACUGGCCAAGAGGCUGUCAAGAACAGAGUUUGUUGCAGAAGCAAGUUCAGGAAAACAGUGUAACUGGGGUGACCUCUGAGAUACUAGCAAAUGCAAGAUAUAUAUCUGAAGUUUCUAAAUCUGGCACACAAGGAAUCCCAGCGUGUCGAACAUUUUCCAUGGAAGAGCUGAAAGAAGCUACCAUGAACUUUGAUAAAUCUGCCCUGAUGGGGGAAGGUGCUAGAGGCAAGAUGUAUCAAGGAACAUUACAGAAUAAAACCUUAGUAGCUGUAAGGUGCCUAUCUCUAUCAAAUAAAUACACCACUCGUAAUCUCAAGCUUCGGCUGGACCUUUUGGCAAAGCUUCGCCACCCACAUUUGGUUUGCCUUCUGGGUCACUGCAUUGACGCUGGAGCAAAGGCUGAUUCUAGUGGCAACAAGGUCUAUCUUAUAUAUGAAUAUGUGCCUAAUGGAAAUUUACGCUCCCAUCUUUCUGCAAAUGCCGUAAUUUCAGAUCUUGGUCAAGUAAGAGCACUCAAGUGGCCCGAGAGAUUGGUAAUUCUUAUUGAUAUUGCCAAGGCUGUGCAGUUCCUUCACACAGGAAUCAUUCCUGGUUUCUUCAACAAUCGACUGAGAACCAAUAAUAUCUUGAUUGAUGAGAAUCGAAGGGCAAAGUUAAGUGAUUAUGGACUGUCAAUCAUCUAUGACGAUGAUGAAUUUGGGGGAAAAGCUGCUGCUAAGUCAUGGCAAAUGAAAAUUAUUGAGGAUGACAUUUAUUGCUUCGGAUUUAUACUACUAGAAUCCCUCAUUGGUCCGUCGGUGGCCGCUAAGAAGAAGGCAGUUCUGCUAACUGAAAUGGCAUCGUUUGGUAGUGAGGAAGGUCAGAGAAGAGUCAUAGACCCUAUUGUAUUGUCAACUUCCUCGAAAGAAUCAUUGGCAACAGUCAUCUCAAUAACCAACAAAUGUGUUUCUUCUGAAUCAUCAACACGUCCUUCUUUUGAGGAUGUGCUUUGGAAUCUACAGUAUGCAGCUCAGGUUCAAGCAACAGCAGACGGUGACCAAAAAAUUGGUUCCAUGGCACAAUCGUGAUUUUCGUCCUGUAUUGUAUACUGGUGUAAACUUCAAUAUGUCAUGUUUAGGCAUCAACAAACAUAAAUCUCUAGAGCAAAACAAAGCACAUAUUAUAAUCAUCAUCUAUUCCCUGUAAAUGUGUACCAUUGUAAGCCUGCAACAGUAGUCCAGACUCGUACUUUACAGUUUUGCUGUCCACAUGUUAUAUGAUCUUGAGUAUGUAAUAUAAGAGAAACUGGAACUGCUUUAAAGCAUGUA